AUAUAACAAUAUCUUGUAGCAAUGGUCGAAGUUGUGAACCUCGACUCCGACGAGGAACCUGACAACCACUCACUCUACAUCUCAAUGGUUGAAGAUGUCCGACAACUUGUUCCUAGGAGCGCACUCUUCAGUCAAUUCUUUGCUAAUCUUGACGCAGUUAAACACACGUGCCCCAACAGUUACCUCCUUAGUUCCAAGUUCAAACAGCACAUUGAAAACUGCACACGAGGUCUCAACCAAGAGAACGUAGUUAGAAGACUCAAAGGGUUUGCGCAUGACAUGGUGUCCGAGACAAAUGCUGCGAGUCAGCGUCUGCAGAGUGAGCGUCCGCAGAAGAGGCGGAGGUUAGACCCUCCCCGAGCUGAGAUAAUUGAGGAAGGGCAUACAAUAAUACAGCCUCCCUACAGACAGCCUCCCUCCCAUAAAUCGGCACCCUCCCGGGGAGCCAGCACAGUCGUUAUGGAAACGUCCAGGAAGACAAGCCCAGUGGUCAUUGAUUUGGAUUUUGAGGGGCGGAGGUUAGAUCCUUCCCGAGCGGAGAUAAUUGAGGAAAUGACGAAAUACAGCCUCCCUGCAGUCAGCCUCCCUCCCGGAAUGCUCCCUCCCGGAAUGCUCCCUCCCGUAAUGCUCGUACGGCAAGGUUCCUCUAAUUCUAGUGCUUCUCACGCUACUCACUCAAGACCUCAGCUCCAGACUGCCUGCAAUGUAAUACCCGCGCAGAUUAUCUCGAAUAUUCCUUCAGUCUCAGAAAGGAGCUCAAGUUCACCACUCACUCCUUCACAGGAUAACUCUAGUCACUUCGAAAAGAUUGUAGAUAACCUCACCUCAAUCCAAACAAAAUUUUCUGAUGAGGCCGAUGUGCAGGAGGUUAUGAGGAUAUUUAUCAACCACAUUCUCUCACUACACCUGGACAAGAAGAAUGUUUCUCUAGCUUCCGUAAACACGUACUGUUCAAUGUUGCUGAAUGUUCAGUCACCCUUGUCGCUGCUCUACCACCUCCGGAGGCUGCUAAUGAUGAAAUAUUUCAUGGAUAUAAACCCAGUGGAGAUCAAACCUGGGGACUGGUUCUCUGCUCACUACCAGAUUGUACCCUACCACUUGUCAGAGUAUGUCAUGUUCGCUAUUUUCAUACGGUUGCUGACGAAAGUGCUGCCUGAGACUAAAGUAAAGAUGAUUAAACUAUUUCAACAGAAAUUCCGAAGUGCACUGCACGGAGUAAAACGAACUGCUCUGGACAGAAUAAAGAAGGUUGAGCUCACAGAAAACGAGUUGACAUUGAACAAAAAGUCCUACGCUGCAAGGAUUCUGUGUUGUCUUGGGGACUGCAUGGAAUUAUUCAUAAAAUCGAAGAUUACAGCACCCUCUAAGGAAACAUCCCGGGGAACCAGCCCCGUCGUCAAGGAAACGUCCCGGGGAACCAGCCCCGUCGUCAAGGAAACGUCCCGGGGAACCAGCCCCGUCGUCAAGGAAACGUCCCGGGGAACCAGCCCAGUCGUCAAGGAAUCGUCUCUGGGGACAAGCACUGUGGUCAUUGAUUUGGUUUCUGAGAACCUUAGUGAGUCCAGUUCCAGGACAUCUAUAUCGAUACCACGUGACGAGAAAGCGACCUCUCCAUCGGCAGCCAAGUCUUCAAGCAACUUGUCCUCGCCUCUUAUCGACCAGGAUUUAAUUCCUUUCCCCACAAACAUAGACGCCACCGAUCAGAGCGAGAAUUCUAAAUCUGGCUGCGACUCAAAUGAUCUUUCUGACACUGAUUACGGUGAAGUUGGAAGCAAACAAAUGGAUCCUUCGAAGUGUGCUCAAGAAACUUCUCCGGAGAGUGUUGGGAAUAUUGGAGAUAUCACUAUUAUUGCCUCUAAUAAAAAGAACGAAGAUGAAAGUGAACAAAAUACGGAAAGUGGAAAAGAAUGCAACCACCGAAGAAGCGGAGGAAAUUGAUCCCGAUAAUAUAGAAAAUUCUUCUGAAGGAAAAUCAGAUAAAACUGAAAGGGAGAAAGAUUCCGGAAAAUGCGAAGAAACAGAAGAUCACGAUGAGGAGAAUACUGAGGAAGAAAGGAAUAGCUUGAGUACAAAUGUUCUGAACAGAGAUGACUUAUUAAAAUACUCCUGUAUAAUCGCAACUCUUGAAACUCAGCAAAAUAUCCCAACCUCAUCCGAACUGCUCUCUGCUACAGAGAUAGAGUCCGACAAUUCUUCCAGCGAUAAGAGUUCGACAUCGGAUUCCGUUAGAAUUUUCAAUGAUAACAUGCAUGAGCUGGGGACUGAAACAUCGCCACCAGAGGAAGCUGUCGAGAAUCUGCCAGCUCCUGAAAACGUUUCUUGUGAAUUGUCCGAAAUGAAACAGGAGAUCAAACAGAGGAGACACAAAUCAUCAACGUCUGACUCUUUAGAGAUAAUUGAACCAAAUGAGGGCGAUCAAGGAGAUACAGUUGUCAGUCCUAUCAACAAGGAAACUGAUUGUGGCGAAUCCUUGACUAUAGCCGGUGCGUCUACUUCUGAAGAUGAAACAAGGAGGGAAGUUGAAGAAGAAUCAUCAGACCCCGUCAUUUUCAUCGUUGGUCAGAAUUCGAACCCAACAAAACAGAACACGGUCGUAACUACUCCAGUGUCUGGUUCGUUAGAAAUUAUUGAUCCUCCUGUUGAAGAUCAAAGAGAAGAAAUUGUUGGUCUAAUUAACAGCGAACCUGAUUGCGGCGAAUCAUUGACUAUCAUUAAUGAUGUCGAAGUGUCUACUUCUACUGAAGAAUCGCGUAUGGAAGCUGGAGAAGAAUCAUCUGACUCUGUUAUUUUUGUUGUUGGUCAAAAUACAAACCCCGCAAAACAAAAAACGGACGAACGUGCUGAAGUCGGUCCUAAUGACUUGACUAUACCCUCCAGUCAGAGUCUCGUCGAAAAGGAGGAUAUCUCAAAUUACGAGAUGGAGAGUGACGAACGACCCGAGCGGCACACUCCUAUUUCGUUAUCCCAGAAAAGCAUUGAGUUUAUUAAGGAGACAUCACGUGACUGCAUGAUUACCUCAGUGAAACCCGGGAAUGUGCAAUACGUGGAGAUUAAACUUGGUCCACUUCAAAACAAGUCCCGUGAAGUUACCUUGAGACCAGAUUACGUGAUGCCAUGUGAAACCCCUUCUGAAACCCCUUCUGAAACUCCUUCUGAAACCCCUUCUGAUAUGAAACAAGAUGAAAACAAAACAAAAACAACUGAUCCAGUUAGUAAUAUCUUCUUCCCUAAACCACCCAAAAGGAUAUCAUAUUUACAAUCUCUAAAUCCUGAACAACCUAAAAGGCUUUCAUUACAAUCUCUAAAUACUGAACAACCUAAAAGGAUAUCAUUACAAUCUCUUAAUCCUGAACAACCUAAAAGGAUAUCAUUACAAUCUCUAAAUACUGAACAACCUAAAAGGCUAUCAGUACAAUCUCUAAACCCUCCCCAACCGGAUAAAAGCAAAGAGCCAGAGAAAAAGAGAGUUAGUUUGAAACCUGCAGGACCUGCAGUGACUGGAUUUAAGAUACCAGCCUGUUUUAAGAUGGAUGCACAGCCUAGCAGCUCACGUAUUACCGUGGUUAGCGACUCUGACGAUAGUGAGCCGAACAAGGAAUCUGAGAGCGAAGAUGACCCUGACCCGGAAGUGGACGAAGAGUCGGAGGAGUACAAGCAGAAAGUAGCACAAGUGGAGAAACUGAGCCGGAAACUAGUCCGGUUAGCCAGACGGAUCAAGGCUGUCCAGGAGGCUGAUAUUGAUUGUGAAGAGAUGGACAAGUGGGGUAAUCUAUACCUACAGGAGGCAAAGUUGAAGAAGAAACAUAGGAAGGUUUUACAAAAGUUAGAAGAGGUUCAAGGUGACCUAAACUGUCAUUACUACUUCAACGUGAAAGUUAACUGUGGCAUUCCAGUCUUAUCCCAGUAUAUUGAAGAAAGACUCAACGCACGACAGAAAUUUCCAGAUAUUCAGGAUGUCAGACGUCUGAUCGAGCGGGGUUUAAAAGAGUGCAAAAUUUCAAUGAAGGAGAAAAAAGUGAAAACAUUGGCCAAGCAAGUGUUCCUAGACGCUGGAUCUCAGAUACAGUCACACAGAAAAACGGAACUGAAGUUGGACGGUGGGUUUCAUCUGAUGGACCAGGUGGACAUUACUAAAGACCCCGCUAAAGAAGAUCCUAUGCUGCGGAAACAACUGAAGAGGAAUAAAACUGAUGCCCGACGAAAACUCCAGAACAUUCAAUCCACGUUUGAUGCCAAACAGCUGGAACGAGAAUUGCUUGACAACGAUAUAUUCGAUGACGAAGCAGGCAGUGAUGACGAAAAUAAGGACAAAGAUAAACUUGACGGGGAAAACAAAGACCAAGACAAGAACAAAGAUAAAAAAGACGGAGCUAUCCAGCAAUUAAAUAAACAAGCUGAAGAUAAAAGUGAUAGUGAAAGUGAAAAUAGUGAAGAGGAGAAAAGUGAAAGCGAAAGUGAAGAAUCCGAAAAAGAUGAUGAUGAUGACGAUGAAAAUGACAACGAUAUUGACAACGACGAUGAUGAUUGACUUAAAAUGAGCUGCUAGCAGCGGUAUAUUCUUAAUUUGGUUUUACUUGUUCGAAAGCCGAUAUUUGUACUAUAUCAAGUAUAGAUUAUCUGCAUAGUUGAUCUGAAAAAAAAACUCUUGUAAAACUCCCGCUGUAAUUAUACACUGAUGGUAUUUUUUUAAAUUGUUUUAAAAGAAUAAAAGAUCCAAAGUUGAUGACAGACGUUUUUCAAGCCAUGCACCGGUUGCAUGGAACUCUCUUCCGCUGAUGUUGAGAAGUAUUACUGAUACCAACUGUUUCAAGCGAAUGUUAAAGAAUCAUUUAUAUAAUCAGUUCUGAUGUUUUUUCUUUCCAUUGUCUUCACUUUGCAAGACACGUUGGCUUCUAUUUUUUACCGCACUCCAUUUUAUGUCUUGAUGUCUAACUUUCUAGGAUCUGUCUCUUUCUUGACUGAUUAUGUCACUGUACCUUUAUUUUACCUACAUGUAUUGUAUGGUUUCUGCUUCUAUUUAGUUUAGUGUGGUUUACAAUAAAAGAUGUUUUAAUUUUGUCUUUACCUUAUGACGAGUUAUACUUUAGUUCACUUUUACACAUUUGCUCACAUCACUCACAGUCAGCCGCUCUGACAUGGUUAACCACCUUCCUUGUGUUGUUGGUUAAUCAUA